AAUCCACCGCCCGUGUGACUAUCGAUUCCUCCUCUUCUCGGAUCUAGUGUCUCCCUUUCUUCUUCUUCCAGAUCUCGUACUAUUAAAUCGGCGAAAACCACGAUGGAGGCGAUCGAGGAGUUGUCACAGCUUUCCGAUUCGAUGAGACAAGGGGCGCUACUCGCUGACGAAGAUCCCGAUGAGAGCUCUUCUUCUCGGCGCCCGGCUACUUCUCUCAACGUCGUUGCCCUAGGAAAUGUGGGAGCUGGGAAGUCUGCAGUUUUGAAUAGCCUUAUUGGACAUCCAGUUUUGCCGACGGGUGAGAAUGGUGCUACACGGGCUCCUAUAAUCAUUGACCUCAGUAGGGAGGAAUCUCUGAGCAGCAAGGCUAUUAUCUUGCAAAUUGACAAUAAAUCUCAACAAGUUUCUGCAAGUGCCCUUAGACAUUCUCUACAGGAUAGGCUGGGCAAAGGAGCCACAGGGAGGGGUCGUGAUGAAAUAUACCUGAAACUCCGGACAAGCACUGCUCCACCAUUGAAAUUGAUUGAUUUGCCUGGACUGGACCAGAGAAUUGUUGAUGAUUCAAUGAUUGGUGAACAUGCUCAGCACAAUGAUGCCAUACUGUUGGUUAUUGUGCCUGCUAGUCAGGCGUCUGAAAUUUCUUCCUCUCGAGCUCUGAAGACCGCGAAGGAGUAUGAUUCAGACAGCACCAGGACGGUAGGAAUUAUCAGCAAAAUUGACCAGGCGGCAGAGACAAAAGCGCUUGCAGCAGUUCAGGCUCUUCUUUCAAAUCAGGGACCUCCAAAAACAACUGAUAUUCCAUGGGUUGCACUUAUUGGUCAAUCUGUCGCAAUUGCAUCAGCGCAGUCUGGAGGUAGUGAGAACUCUUUAGAAACUGCUUGGCGUGCGGAGAGUGAAAGCCUCAAAUCCAUUUUGACGGGUGCUCCACAAAGCAAACUUGGCAGAAUUGCCCUGGUGGACACCCUUGCUAGCCAGAUUCGUAGCAGAAUGAAGCUCAGGCUACCAAAUAUCUUAACUGGACUCCAGGGUAAGUCUCAAAUGGUGCAGGACGAAUUAUCAAGGCUUGGUGAACAACUGGUUAGCAGUGCUGAAGGUACAAGGGCUAUAGCUUUGGAGCUUUGCCGUGAGUUUGAGGACAAAUUUCUUCUCCACUUGGCUGGUGGUGAAGGAAGUGGCUGGAAAGUUGUUGCAAGUUUUGAAGGCAAUUUCCCCAAUCGUAUCAAGCAGCUUCCAUUGGAUAGAUACUUUGACUUGAAUAAUGUUAAAAGGAUUGUAUUAGAAGCAGAUGGUUAUCAACCUUAUCUUAUAUCUCCGGAGAAAGGGCUGAGAUCGUUGAUAAAGAUUGUUCUUGAGUUGGCUAAGGACCCAGCACGUCUGUGCGUUGAUGAGGUUCACCGAGUGCUUGUUGAUAUAGUUUCAGCUUCCGCUAAUGCCACACCUGGUCUUGGGAGAUAUCCUCCUUUUAAGAGAGAGGUUGUAGCUAUAGCAAGUGCCGCACUUGAUGGAUUCAAGAAUGAAGCUAAGAAGAUGGUAGUUGCACUAGUUAUGGAGCGUGCGUUUGUACCACCUCAGCACUUCAUCCGCCUCGUACAAAGAAGAAUGGAAAGGCAGCGUCGUGAGGACGAGCUUAAAGGGCGAUCAUCUAAAAAGGGACAAGAUGCAGAGAACUCUCUCUUAAACAGGGCAUCUAGUCCUCAGCCAGAUGGGUCAUCAACUGGUGGUAGCUUGAAAUCAUUGAAAAGAAAUUUCUUCCAAGAUAAAGAUAAA